AUGAUUACUAAUAAUAGUAAGAAGAAGGGACCAAAAAGAUUUCAUUUCGAUCCAGUAUCAGUUUCCCCUAAAUCUUACUGUAUAACAAACAAUAUUAUCCAACAUAUAAACAAUGAACGCAUGCUUUCCCAAGGAUAUGGGAGGAGGAUCAAUAAUCAAAAAAAAUUGAAUGUUCAACUCAACCAAUUAAUAUCCAAUCAUGAAUAUCCAAAAACUUCUAUUGAAAGAUUGAUAAGGCUUAAAUAUAUAAAUAAACAACUAAACAUGAAGCUGCAUUCUAGGCAACUGUUGGAUUACUAUAUAUGCAAGAUUGAAAAUGUAAUUUUGAAGGAUAAACUCAAGAUGCACGAAGAAAUUGCUGCAAAAUUUUCUGAAUGGGAAGAAUAUGAAUUAGCUGAGAUUCGUAAAUUAAACGAAGAGAUUGAAGGGCAUAUAUUGGAUUCCAUAAAUAAAAUUAAACCUCAAAAUGACAUGAAUAAAAUAACUGAUGUUGUAGAAGGAUGUAAUAUUGAAUUCGAAAAUUACAUGAAACAGCUGAUAGCAAAAUCUCUAGCCAAUAAAACUGGUGUAAAUGUUGCACCGCAUAAUAACGCCUAA